GUUUGUUGGUGGCUGAGUCAAGUGCAGGAGCAUUCGCCUGGAACGCUCAGUGGCUCACUGUGGAAUCUGCACGUGCCCUCGCCACACGUGUGCCUUGACGCACCAUAACAUCGCCGGGACUGUGUAAACUUACUCAGUGAAUGUACUCGAUACUAUACUAAGCAGUCCUAAUGACUGAAAACGCGACAUUUAUUGGUGAUCAGUGUCCUUUUAUUUAUUAAAAGUUCAUCGAUUGGUCUUCAAAGCUCCUUAUAAUAAUGCAGUUUGCUGAACAGAAUUAGCUGCAUCAGAAUAACCAAAGAUAUUGCCAAAUAAAGUAGUUCAGAUUAAAAUAAGUUUAUCUAAAUACGUCAAAAUGCCAGAAAUAGGGCCGAUGAUGCGCGCACUCGAGCUGCAGAGGCUGAUAGAGGACAAAGUGGCCGAAUGGCGCGAAAGGUCAGCGAGGGUCGCCGGAGCAACCGUAGCCGACGCUUAUCAACAGCCACUCAACUUCAAACGACACACAUAUAGACGUAAGAACAACGCUGAAAUAAACAGAAUUAUCGCAAAGUACUCAAAGCCCACUAAGAGAGCAGACGAACCCUAUUCGAUAGCGCGUGUCACUUCGGAAACUUCUCCAAAACGCCCACCGAGAUCUAAGAAACUAAUAAACACAAAAGUGUUGUCCAAAAGUGAAGAUAAUCUGGCAAGCAUCGGCGAAAUGGAGGUCGAAACGGAACCAAAACAAGAAACCAAGUCUUACUUCACACUAUCCAAGUACAACACCAAAAGUUGCGAAGAUGUCACAGCGUUCGUUGAUAUACAUCACCAUGUGAAAAGUAAAAACUUCGAACAGAAUAGUAUUUUAAAUGCCAAAACAGUAGUGCCAAACCGAAGACCUAAGCUGCAUAGCAUUUGUGAAGGUGUUACGGACAUUUCGGAGUUCUCGGACAGUGGUUUAGAAUGUGGUGAUACGUCUUUUGUUACAUCAACGCCUCUAUCGAAAAGAAAAACGUGUCCUCCUGGUGCAUCAGUGUCCACAUUAAACUUUGAAAGGGUUACCAAAAAACCCAACAGUGUUAGUGAGAUGCGAAAAGGUGUGUCUGAACCGAAUAUCCUUAGUGCAGAUGCUAGUGAAAGUGGAAGUUCAAAGACUAUUGAUUUUAGAAAGCGCUGGAAAAUGUUAAAGCCACCUUUUAAAAAAGGGGCUUUCGAUUGUUUACUAUUAUGGCGUGGGAAGAAACAAAACCCGACGACGGAGAACAACACCCGGAGAAUACAAGAAGUAGACGACAGUUUCUUCGAAAAGUUUGGUUCUAUUCUAAAGCAAGCUUCUCAAAAGGCGGCCUUAGAGGAAUCGACACCUUUGGCACCUUUGAAAGAGGUUGAAGAACAAGAUGCGGAGCAGAAAGUUGAACUGGACAGUAAAAGUCUACUAAGGGACUCUGAUAGUGGCAAUGAGACCCUGCUGGACACUGAUUCGGAACCAGAGGAACAUGAUAAAAUAGAUCGCUAUGUUGAGGCCGUGGGCUGGAACGUCGAUGAACUUUAUUUGGAAGUACUUUACGAGAUCCUACACAAUGUCGGGGGAUGUGACGUAGGGUGCGAGGUGGGACAGCUUGCUAUGCUGUCCUACAUACAAGAAGCCUUCAAAAUAGCCAAUGACAAACACACAGAACUGCUCACACAAGCUGAAGCGAAGGAGCCGCCGGAGCUGAUGCUUAAUGUGGAAGUAGUUGAAGCUAAAGACUUGGUUCCUAAAGACCCGAAUGGUCUGAGUGAUCCUUUCGUCACAAUAUAUUUGAUGUCAAACCCGUCACAUAGGUACAACACCUCAGUCAAGUCGGGAACUCUCAACCCGUCGUGGGAGGAACAUUUUUCUUUGCCAAUGCCAGGAAGUGUACAAGAAGAUUCCCUUGUGUUGGAAGUGUGGGACUUUGACCCCGCGGAGACUGUAAAGGAGAAAAUGACAAAGAUAUUUGAAGUUAAAGGAGUGAAGGGACUCAGGAAGCUUAUGAAGGAGAUAGCUAUCACUGCUUCGACGGGGAAGCAUGAUAAUGAACUGAUUGGCACAUCUAAUAUUCCACUCAAAAGCAUUCCCGCUGGUGGGAUGAACAUGUGGUACAGUCUUAGCAAGAAGAGCAAGCUAAGGCGACAGGGCGUUGUCAAAGUACGGCUCAACUUUUCUUCAGAGAAGAAUUCUCAAGUAGCAGCUCAAGAACAUAGGCACCUCCUCAGAAUUAUACUCCUACACGAGCUCGAAAACUCAAAGGUGGCACCGUACUGGUGGUGCGGCAACUACAGCGCAGCGGCGGAAGCCAUCUUGACACAGCACGUGGCACAGAGCGGCCUCAGCGCGACCGACAACUGUCUGGCGCAGUGGGCCGUCUACUGCGCCGUCACCACCGACCACCCGCUCAGCUUCGCACUCUUCAAUACCUUGCUCGAUAAACUCACCAAGCCCUUACAAUCAGGACUAAUAAAUGAAGAGGACGUCAAGCUGUUCUGGGAUGGCGCGCGGAAACUUCUCCCAACAUGCUACAGUCACAUUAGGAAACUAAGGAAGAAGACUGCUGGCGACAAAACUGUCAUGAAGACGCUCAGAGAAGUCCUCAAAAUUCUGUACAAGUUGUCCGUGUUGGAUGCUCCAGAGAGUUUGGACUUGUUCCCGGUGAAUCUAUAUGGGUGGCUGAGGGAUGAUAAGGAAAAGCUAACGAUUCACAUGGUGCUGGAGCAGGCUGUGAUACAGGGUGCUUCGGAUUGGUUCGUCCACAUCCUGGACAACAACGAGUGUAAGGACAACACAGAGGACACGAGGCUUCAGCAUCUGAUCAGAGUCAUACAACUAGUUCGAUCAGAUCUGCAGCGAGCCGUCGAGUAUUACGACAGAGUGUUUGUUGAAGUCAUGGGCUUCCCAUAUUCUAAGGCUUUGUACGGGUUGUACGAAAGCAAGUUGGCGUCGUUGGUGGAGUCCGAGGUGGUGGAUGUUUGUAAGAGUUUGAAGAGGUUGCGAUACAGCGAGGGGUCGACCACCACUCUGGCUGGAGGUAUUAAUGGAGAGACGGGACUAGGGGCCUCGUCUGUCGGCUCAGAACCCCUGACUAUGGGAACAACUUUGUUUGAGCUGUACCUCACUCUACAAAGGUUUUUAACAUUGGGCCAAGGGCUGAACGAGACAGACUGGCAAUCAUACGCCAUAUCAAAAUUCCACGCAUGGUUCUUUGGGGGCGUGGCCCAAUGGCUGGACAUCGCGGCGUACAAAGCACUCACGCGCAUCGAGAAGGCCGUAGACCUUGAUACGUUGGCCCCAGUGGACACAAACGUCAAGUACAGUAGUUCCGGAGUCGAUACCCUGGCGAUAUUCUACCAGAUCAAGAUAUUCUGGCAACAACUCGCGUGGCCCGAUGUCGAAGGCUGCUACACGUUUGUGGCUAAAAUUAUUGAUGACAUCUGUCGCUGUUGCGUGUUCUAUUCGGACAAGAUGGCGAGUCGUGUGGACAACGUGGGAGUGGUUACCAGUGUGUACGAGGAGCGGUUCGAGGUGACCACAGACUGGUGCGUCGCCAUCAACAACAUAGACUAUGUACGCCAGAGUCUCACACCCUUCGUCCAGGAGCUUGGAAUGGAGGAAAUCAUACAGAAGAUGUGUGAAGCUCGCUCUCCUGUGGAGGCACAGAGAUGUAAGGAGACACUUCAGAACGUCAUCGCAAAUGCAAUAGACACAGUAAGAAAUAAAAUUGUGGACCUUUUGGAAAUUAUGGUUAGAAAGAUGAUGCCAUCUAUCACACGUUUCUUAAUGGAAGGAGCGGAACUCUUGCAUCAAGACUGUUCGAGCAUGGACCGUGUCAUGCGCUAUUUAGAAGCAAACUUGGACACGUUGUACCAACACUUGAACAAUGAAAACUUCUCCCGAACAUUGGAGAUUGUAUGGGAACAGUUGGGUGAAGUGCUUUACGAACUCAUACAAGCUAAUUUGGAGCACCGAAGGGCAAAGAUAACUCGGUAUAUCGACCCGCGACGCUUGAGCAAAUCGGCAGCCGCCAGCCUCGACGCGAAACGUCGUCCUCCAUCGUUCUUCUCGAAUCUUCACGAAUGUGUCAAAAUAAUGAUACGAUCGUUCCGUCAAGACAAUAAGGACACAUAUUCAUCGGAAACGUUGAAACGUGUCGAGUAUUUAUUGAAACUACAUGGUAUGGAGACUAGAGAACUUAUUCACCAGUUCCAUUUAGAAAGGUGGCAAGAACAACAGACUAUACAAGAGCCUAAGAUGGGCAUGCUGACUGUUAGAGCGCAGUUCAUAGAUGAUGUUUUAAAGAUCGAGAUUAUGAACGCCAGGAAUUUGACUCCAGCUGACUCUAAUGGUCUCUGUGAUUCGUACGUUCGAGUGGCUUUACUUCCUGAAGAUUCUUUCGCCAACGUACAGAAGCCGAAAACACAAACACAUAACAAGAAUUUGUUCCCUCUGUAUGAUGAAAUAUUCCAAAUCCCUCUGACACCAGAGCAGCGGCGACUGACAGACGGUUUGAUCCACUUAGUGGUGAAGGACAAGGAUAUGUUCAGCGUGAGCAACACGUUCGUGGGCGAGGCGUACUUACACUUCAGCGAGGUGCCGGACACACCCGCGCCCAUCUCCAGUCUGCCGCAGCAGUUACUGCCGCUCUCCAGACCUACUAGUAUAGACGGCGAGGCAAUCAAAGCACUAGAAACUCGGCAAGGCGACAGACAGGCCCGAGACUUCGUUAAGAAACAAAGAGCUAAGUUCCCGAGCACAAAGCAAUUCUUCUCACUCGGCUGAGAACCUUCCUAUAGCUUAGAAUUAAAUUAAAUGGUAUAUUUAUUUGAGUUGUACAUAGCAGGAUCGUCUAUGGGCCCCAAUGAAGUAAUUUGGUAGGACAUUACUCCCAAGUGAAUCUUCAAUUGCGUCGUAGAACCGGCAACUUGUGUUUAAACAUAUGCGCAAUAUCUAUGAUGCAUGCAUUCUUCAGCAUAAUUUAUGCAGAUAUCAAAUUGCGUUAUAUCAUCGAUAUAUUCUAUGCAUCGAGUUGUUAGUCGAGAUAUGUCAGCUAGUCGAUGUACCUACUACUAUAAAUAAAUGCAUGACGCCUACUAUACGCGACUCAGAUUGUACCCAACUAGCACUUAAGAGUUAAAAUAAGCUAUAUAGAACCUGUAUAGAGACUAUAGCCGAAGUUAAUAGUGUUAAUGCAGUCCUGUAGUAGUGAGUUACAGCAUUCUCUAACACACUUGUAACCUCAAAAGAGGCCCACGAUUUUACAGGCAAGGGUAAUAUAAAGUGUAUAGAAUGGUGUUAUACUAGCAGCAGUGUGCCUGCAAUUAAGAGUCGAAUAUAGUCAAUAACAUACAUAAGAGUGUUAUUAUGGUUAUUUAAAACAGUUAGUUGACACCUUGGGUUAUAAAAAGGAUUUAUAAUGCUUUCAGAUAAAGCUGUCACUGCUUUAUUGAUACUUUGUUAACUCCAGUGUAUAGUUUUUAGUGUACGACACAAAGAAGAACGUUAAAUUUUAAUAGGUUAAAUACUUAUCCACGUAAAGUUUAGAAAUCGAAAUAUUAUGGUGUCCAUUUUAUUAAGUAGGUAUACCUAAAAAUAAAAUUUAUUUAAAAUUACGUCUGCGUCUUUUGUGUAUUGUGAAUUAUUCCUGCCCUUGUGAAUUUACGGUAAGUGUAUACCAUAUUUCUCAUCUCAUUUUUCACGCGCCUGGGAUUUAUCAACUAUUUUAAAGAAAUGUGACAACGAAUAAUAAAAAUUGCUUUAAAUUUUUUAACCGAACAUGAUAAAGUAUGUGAGAUUCGUAAGUAUUGAAAUGUAUUAUGAGAGUAUCAUUCAUUUUACCACCUUUAAAAUAUAUAUUAUUUAGUAUUUGGAUGAUAAAUUUUGUAUAUACCUAUUUGUUUGUAAUGUUAUGUUUACAAAAAAAAUGGCGAGCCCGCUUUAAUGUUAAAAUACUCUAUUAACUCAUUUAUAGCACUCGUUGCGACACAAUAUCUGUAGUCAAGAAUAUUGUGCAGGCUUUGGUAGAUACACCAGUGUAACAAUACUCUUAGUCAAUGAGAUUUAUUAGAAUUAAGACAUUAUUUGUAGCUAUAACGUACAAACCACAUUAGGGUUCUUUGACAAAUUAUUGAAAACCAUUUAAAUAUAAAAUGAAUAAGCAGUUUCCAGAUUUACUAUGUAGAUUGUUAUUUAUUUAGUAGUUUAAUAUUUAACUAAGAAAUUAUGAUCGAAAAUGCUAUGUUGCAAAACAUUACUAAAAAAUCACUCCAACCUUUGACAAGGUCAAUUACACACUAUCAAUUUUUUUCUUCUAGUGUCUUCUCUUUUACAUCCAUUGAAAACAGCUUGAGUUUGUUUGUUGCUGAUGCAAUUAAGAAUCUAUGUAUCGUAUUACCGAUUUACGAGUAUUAUUAUUCAUUUGAUGAUUUUUUUAUUUCAGAAUGCCAUUUAAAAUAAUUCAAACGAUUGAAGGGAAUAAAAAGAAAUUAUUUACUGUUCCAUCGGGAUGGGAGAUCGAUAAUAUUCUAAGAUACCCUAACAAGGCUCCAUCGAAGUACAUUAAAGAUGAAAAUUCAAAACCUACGCCUGAGUAAAACGGAUAAAUAUUUCAAGCUACGAGGCGGGUGAUAAACAAAUUUCUGAAAUGAUGAAAUACAGCGAUACGGAUGAAACCGAUGAUGAUAAUCGACUACAGCCACGACGUCCACAUUUCAGUUUCCUCAAUAUGUUGCUCAACGGAACCCUGUUGUGUACAGCUCACUCUUUCUUGAGCAAACCAUGUAAAAUUAUUCAUUAUAUCUUGAUUAUGUGACAAAUCAUGUGUAUUUUUUAUGAAAUCAUCGGUAUUUCUACCAACAGAACCCUGUCGAAUAUAGCUUAUAGUGUUCAUAACGCCCUACAACAGUUUUUAAUAAAACUGGUAUGACACCAUAACCCUUAAGCAAGGCUAAAAAGAGUUAUUAGAUACUUUAAAUAUUUUGUGUUACUACAUUCUCCAAUAACUCUACCAUAGAACCAAUUGCUGCACUUAUAGUCGAUAUAGAACCUAUACACGUACAAGACACUUCUUUGUGAUAAAUAAAUAACAAUAGAAGUUAAUAGGUGUCAGUGAACACCGUUGUAAAACUUGAAGUGCUACCGACAGAGUAAAGCUUUAAUAUUUUAAGUAUAUUAGUUUCCAAUACCACUAUUCGGAGUUUUAAAGUUGUUCUGCAUCGUUUACUGAAGUAAAAGUAUCACUGUUAGUGUUUAAUUUAUUUCUUAUCUCUUCUAAUAGAUUAAAAUCUACUACUGAAAGCCUUCUAAGCCUGUAAUACCUCUUGAAGUUACUUAAUUACCUGUAACCAACGCUUAAAUGUUAGUUGGGUAUUCCUCGACUGUAUAUAAAACUGCUUGCUUUUAACGCACUAUAGAAGCUCUAGGCUGUGGUAUGAAAGUUUGUUUCUUUUGGUUUCUGAAAAGGCGAUUAAUUUAUUAAAGACGAGGCGAGAAAAAAUAGGCUGGCUAAAGUUUAAGGUGCUAAAUCCAUUGUACUUCGAGUUGUCAUUUUUGAUUAUUUAAAUCAGUUGAUAAUCGAGAUCACGGGUAAUAUUGCAAACAAUCGUUUUCUUUUCCGAUAUUCUAUCGAUUGUUGCCCAUGUUUUAAAAUAAGUAUUUACGGUUAAGUAAGGUAAGACACGUUUUCGGGAACGCGAUUCGAAGAUUCAAAAGGUGCAUAUCAUAUUGAUACUUUACUUUAUUCACCAGCCUUUGUCUUUAAGUACGUUGAACCUCUUUUCAGAAAUCAAGUGUAAACAGUCUUAAAUUAAGUUAUACUUAUUUAAACAUAAAAUUGGUCUGAAAACGUUUCGAUACCACAUUGAGUGUGUAUGAUUUGAAUAUUGUUCAAAUACUCCUAUUUUCUGUCAAACUAUAAUUUAUAUAAGCCUGCCAUUAUAUAUUAGGUAUGUUAGUUGAUAUGUGUAAAUGUAGCUCCUAAUCUACAUAUGUACGAAUAUUUUCAUAUAAUCUUAUGCAACAGAGCUUUUACUAUUUACAACUUCAUGAAAUCACUAUUUAAGACAAUAUGAAUACAGAAGUCAUUGUUGUACAACAUUUGUAUUAAAUAAACAAACAAAGGGCGAUAUAAGUAAAUCGUACGUAACAAAGCAAUAUUUUUAAAUUCAAGCAAUAAUUAAUUUAACAGUGUUGCAUUGUCAAAUUGAUCAUCCGAUUAAAAUGGCAUUUUAAUUUAUAAUAUAUCUGUUGCAAUAAUAAUGAAGUCAAAGCAAUAAAUUAUUGUUUAGAUCGUAUUUUGUUUGAUAUUAAAACAAAAUAUUUAUUAAAUAUAUUACGUGCCUUAAUGUGCACCUCUGCCUAAUCGGGGAUAAAGGGCGUGACGUUGCGUUGCAUAAUUAUUAAUUUGUGAGCCUAGUCCCACAAAUGCGUGUAAAGUCCAGGUAAGUACAAUAUUUUGAGGUAUUUAUAAUGUGUAGAGGGAUAAUAUAAUGUUGUAUACGGAAUCGUGACACUUUAAUAGGUCGUGUGUAGCCCUUUAUGUUCGUGAGUCACGGAAUUUGAAUCUCGAGGGUCUCCGCGUAGGAACAAUAAAUUAUCAUUAUCAUACAUUUUUCUAGUGGUAGGAAUUCUCUUACCAAACUCUUAGAUCUCAUCGCAUCAACAUCAUAAUAAUAUUUUUAUAUCAGUAAACAGAAAUUUAUUGUUACUACUGACUGCUUUAUUGUUUUGAAAGAGAAUGCAGUAAUAAUUUAUGUAAAACUUUGAUUUUUUUGUUGUAUGAAAUUUGUCACAAGUUUGGCUCGUAAGAUUCUUGUUAGUUGUCCAUGUAACUAUUCAGAAUCUCUUUUUAAAUUUAAUUGUUUAUUUAGUGCGCAAUAAGCACUGUCUGUUAAUAAAAAAAAAAAACAUAUUUUGUUUUCGAUAUAUUGGUUAUUGUGCGCUAAACGUGUCUGUGUCCAGGUGAUCUUCUCUUGUUUAUAAAUUAUAGUGAAUCAAGUACAUUUAUAAAUGUGUGUGUAGGUACUUUUUAUACUGUUGUGUAAAAUAAAGCGAUUGUAUAGGUGUGUAGAAAUUUUAUAGACGUUGUAUUCUGUGAUAAAGAGAAGUGCCUUAUUUGUUUUUGAGUCUGUAUUUAUUCAUUUAUAACAUUUAAAUAAAUAACAGAAGCAUGUAAUGCAACCUAUUUUGUUUUAACUUUUUUAUUUCUCAACACUGAGUAAAUGAAAGAACUAUUUCUGUAUGUUUGUUUAUAUUUAUUUGCAAAUAAAAAAUAUUGUAUAAAA